ACGUGUGCUGUUCAGAUCUGAGGACCGAAUGGUAACGUCGCAGCUGUCUCCAUUUGAUUAAAACAACUGAUUAAUAUUUACCGUUUCUGCUGGCUCGUAUAAGACAUGGACAUCCUGUAGAAUGAUCAGAAUAAAAGGGAUUCGUAGAAGGACCGUUUUAAAGGGUAUUCUAAGCCAAAGAGUACAGGAGGAUUACGCAAAUUGCCGCUGCCGGAGGCAUUGAGUCUUACAUAAAACUAACGGGUCAUCUAAACGUUGGUCAUGAAUAUGCUUCAUUCGGCAGAAAUCAAGAAACUCAUCAUCAGCACUGACGUCGAUGUGUGAAAAUCAGCUUUCAACUUUUUCUUUCGUCGGUUGCUCACUUGUUUGGAGACUCGUGAUUUUAAAACAAACCCCAACGAACUCAUUCUGGUUUGGUUUGAAGACAUUUAAACGUUUGUCCCCCUUUUAUUUUUAUUUAUUUUAAUUUUUUAUAACAUUACAACCUUAACUUACAUGAAAACAUUGCUAGAUGUGUUAUGUAUUGUUUUGUCAGAGACAUUUAUUUUAUUUAUUUAUUUAUUUGUAUUUUUUUUUUUUUUGCUUUACCGGGAAAUUAACCAGUCAACUUUAGGUGUUUUGGUGGGCCAAGCAAUGGUGAAUGGGAAAUUAAUAGUGUUUAUAAACAUUUAGCCUUUGGUCUCAUGGUUAUUGAUUUUCACCAGUAUUCCGAUCAUGUUGCAUUAAAGAUGGUGUUUUUGUGAAGUAACUAAAAUAGGACUAUAUUUGGUUAUUUGUAGCCUGGAUUCCACCAAAGCUUUAAACCCGAGCCCUAUACGUUGUACUUGUCCGCUUUCCUAAAAGCGGACAUUUGCAUUUUAUGCGGUGUAGCAGACAAUGGAUGCUGGGAUUCAAAACCACACCGAACAUUAUGUGCACGACCCCUCCAAUGUGGAAAUGCUCGGGGUUGCGGACGAGGCUUGUCGGGCCGGAGACUUCGAUCUGGCUGCGGAGAUCUAUACCUCUCAGCUCGCCGAGCUUGAGCACACCGAUCGUGGCCUCUGCCUGCGGAAAGCUGACGCUCUAGCCCGUGGGGGACAUAUAGCCGAUGCGCUGGACUCGUAUUGCAUCGCUGCAAACCUCCAGGCACUGAGACCUGAUGAACUGCAGAUUUUAGUUGAAGUUAUAGCACAUACGAUCCGCACUAAAGAGCAGAGUGACCGUAAGACAAUAAGCGCGAGCUCUACCUCAGAAAGCAGAUGUUUUGAGAGCGACGAGUUAGACGAUGAACAGAAUUUAGACUUGUUUUCAUGCCGCCUUUGCAAGUGUUUAUUGACGGAACCGACGUCCUUGGUGUGUGGACACAUUUUCUGUAAGCGCUGUCUGGAAGAUGACCUUACAAAAGAGUGCAGAAGCUGCCGUUUAAAACCCAACAAAUCACCCAGACAAUUUACUGUGGACGGACUCAGAGUAAAUGUUAUUUUCAGUGGCUUGAUUGAAAAAUGGUUUAAUUCGGAAAGCAAAGUGAGACGAUACUGGUUGGAAGGGGAAGGUCUUUGGAAAAAACAGGACGUAUCCAACGCAAUACUGAAGUUCAACAGGGCAAUUGAACUAGAGCCCUGUAUAUGUCAGCUCCUGGCUCGGCGGGCAGAACUGCUUAUGGAAAUGAAGAAUUUUGGCCAAGCCAUCAAGGAUGGGGACGCCAUGUGCCAACUCCGUCCCCAGUGGCCAAAGGCUCACUACAUUAAGGCUACAGCGUUUAGGAGCGCUGGCCGCAAUGAGGAGGCUCUACAAGAGUAUUUCUACUGUUUGGCUCUAAAAUCUGACUGGAUCGCUGUAAAACUGGAGGCCCAAAAGAUCCUGAGUCACAUGUUCUCUUCGGUCUUUGCAAAUAAUGGUCUGGCCAUGUCCAUGCAGCCUCUUCCAGCUGGACCCUCCUCUCGUAUCAAACCUUCAUCCCUCAGCUCUCUUCACUCCUCUCUUCCUAGAGAUGGAGCCAAAGCAGGCUGCUCCAAGGAAUCAACACUCAGCUGCAGCAAGUUCAAAGAUGGGAACUCUUCUAUUUUACAAAGAUCUGAAAACAUCAACUCUGUUGGCCUCAGUUCAUUUUUUGUUCAACCAGUCUUAAAAAGGAAAUGGAUAGAAGAUGUUAAGGCCUUUGAGCCACCCAGCAAACAGCUUAAAGAAGAUAAGGCAUCUUCCUGUAAAACUCUCCCUACUUUUUCUGGGGGGAGGCAAGUUCAAUCACAGCUUUUGGACAGUGCAGACUUUGAAUGUUCUCUCUGCAUGAGACUGUUUUAUGAGCCUGUCACCACACCCUGUGGACACACAUUCUGCCUCAAGUGUUUGGAGCGCUGUUUGGACCACAACCAUAACUGUCCCCUGUGCAAGGAGAACCUCUCCGAGGUAAAUAUCAAUACACUUGCAAUAUAGCAUAAAACAAA